UUUCUGUUUUGUAAAGUGGCAUCAAGCCGCUUUAAUUUACUUUUUGUCACCAAAUUGUUCUUGGAAAAUUGUAAUUUUUGCUUUCAAUUUAGAAUAUUCCAACACUUUAAGAUUUCCACUAUUCAUUUUUCAUCUCGUACCAUAAUUUUUAACUGGGUUAAUUUCCUUUAUUUUAUCAUCCCUUCGCAUUUCCUGAUUUAUAAAUCUCAACACUCAUAAGCCUAAACUUGUAGAUAACGUAAAUUAUUACCAAAAAUGUUGAUUUCAGUAAAAAUAUUAAAAGGUGGCGAGUGUGAUAUUGAAGUGUCUGCUACUGCUUCUGUGAAUACUGUUAAAGAAAUUGUCGCUCAACAGCUGAGGAUUCCUGUGGAUCAACAAAGACUUGUUUUCAAGGGAAAAACGCUUUUGGAUUCUGAAUCUUUGUGUGACUAUAAUAUUGAGGAGGGUAACAAACUCCAUUUGUUUGUGAGGGAAAGUUCUCCCGAUGAAAGCACAUCUCAAGCCGAUUUUUAUGAACUAUUACAAAAAUUGCUGGAAAAACACUUCAUUCCUGACGAUGUUGAAAAAGUCUUGGAAGAAUUUCGUAAAAAUCUAUCUGACCAGUUACGUCAUCUGAGCCUCGAUGACAUUGAACGCAUCGCCACUUCUCAUUUGGAAUCUUGCAGAGGUCAACAACAAAGUGAAAACACCGCAAUGGCCAGUUAAAGCCUCUUCAGACAUUGCUAACUACAUAAUAAUUCUUAAUAUUCCACUAGAAGAAGCCUUUAGUCCCCAAACAUUUUGUGCGGAAGACGCUGUGUGUAAACCAUCAAUUAUUUUAUUCAUUCUCUCAUCAAUUCAUUGAAGGCAAAACUUUGGGUAUUUUUAGUAUAGACGUAUCAAAUUUACUUAAAAUAGUGGUGUAUUUUGUUCAGCUAUUUAAAUGUGAUGAUCCAUUUUUAUUUUCACAAAAAAACUCUCCUUUUUCAACAACAACAAAAAUAGGUGUAUCAUGUUUCUUUUUGUAUUUCAGUGUUUGUGCUUAAAAGUGUUAUGAUGAGUCUUUUUUAAGCAUGUUUCUCAUUUACAACUAUAUUGUAAAACUGUAAAUAUUUUGCUUUCUUUGAUUUAACUGUAUGAUACAUUGAAUUUUGUUAACGUAUUAAAAUCUUCUUAACUUUA